UUUUUUACGUUUUCUGUUUGGUUCCUGCGAAAAUAUGACGAAGGAAAAAGAAAGAACAAAAGCAAUUUAAAAAAAUAAUCUUGGGUUUUCUUUUUGAUUAUAUAGAAAAUAUUGGAAAUCAAAUGAAGUCGUUUCUUUCUUGGGUUUUUCUUUUUCUGUUUUCAUUUUUCGGGAAAAUUUGUUUCUAUUUGCUUUCUUGGCUCUAGUUUCUUUCAUGUUUAACUCGGUGAAGUAGUGUCUUAACUCUGUUUUAGCGUAGUAACUGGAUGGCCUUUUAAUUGUUUUUAUUUUUUUAGUUUCAGGCUGUAAAACAAUAGAAAGUUUGGAAUUUAACUUGUAAAGAUUUAAAAUUUUUCUUUUUCUGGAAAAUUUUAUUCAUUUUUCAGGCUUCAAAAGGAGCUGAUGGCUCUCAUGAUGUGUGGAGGUGAUCUUGGAGUGUCGGCCUUUCCAGAAGGCGAAAGCAUUUUCACAUGGAUUGGCACAAUUGAGGGUGGAAAGGGAACCCUGUACGAAGGUUUAUCAUACAAGCUUUCCUUGCAUUUCACGUCAGAAUAUCCUUUCAAGCCACCUCAAGUAAAGUUUGAGACAAUGUGCUUUCAUCCCAAUGUUGAUCAGUUUGGUAAUAUUUGCCUUGACAUUCUUCAGGAUAAGUGGUCUUCGGCUUAUGAUUGUAGAACCAUUCUUUUGUCAAUUCAAAGUUUACUAGGAGAGCCAAAUCCGGAGAGUCCGCUCAACACCUAUGCCGCAGCACUGUGGAACAAUAAAGAAGAUUACAAAAAAAUGGUCCAAGAACAAUAUUUUGGUGGAAAAGCGUAUGAGAGCUGAUAUGUAGAGCCCCUUCUUCGGAGGCCAGCAUGUUGUUUUUAUGGUUGAAUUUGUCGAUAAAGCUCCGAGGUAAGAGCAAUAUAAUUCGGAGUUUAACAGCAGUGGCCUCAAUCAAUGUACAUUCGGGUUUACCAUCCGAUUCAAUUUUAUACAUUGUUACAAGAGAAACACACAGAAACUUGAAUAAAUAUGAAUAAAUAUGUAUGCUAUGUACUGCAA